AUUCCUGAUUGAACGCGUUCACGAGACAGUUCGUCAAAGUUGUUUUUUUCUCCGAAGAAAAGAAAAUUUCUACCGAAACAUACGUAAGGUCGAAAUCACGGCCUCUCAUCGAGUGCGCGCAUCGCUCGAGCGUAGCCACCACCAGCUGCAUAUAUAGGCAACCGAUUUUUCUCCUACGCUACCACCAGCUCUGUACAUUAUCCAAGAGCGCGCAGAUAAGGUAUCGCUCGCUGAAGAAUUUUUUUCCCACGCAAUUAACGAACGACGAGAGACUCUAGGCCUUAACACCUCAAACGUCUAUAUAAAGGUCUGGAAGCGGAGCCGCGAACGAGGCAGUGGCGGUGCGCUAUCGAACGCGACGACGACGACGACCAUGUUGACUCUCAGGCUGUGCGCGGCCGUGGCCCUUUUGCUCUGCUGCUGGGCCAAUCUCGCUGGCGCCGUCAUCAAGAACCCAGGAUGGUGGAGGAACACGGUGUUUUAUCAGAUUUAUCCGCGCAGUUUCAUGGACUCGAACGACGACGGGAUCGGAGAUUUGAAGGGUAUUACCAUGAAACUGCAGCACUUCAAAGAUUCUGGAAUAGGGGCCAUAUGGCUCUCGCCUAUCUACGCCAGUCCAAUGGUCGAUUUCGGCUAUGACAUUUCGGACUUUCGCGACAUCGAGCCGGAUUACGGAACGAUGAAAGAUCUCGAGGAGCUGACGAAAAAAGCCAAGGAAAUGGGCAUCAAGGUCAUUAUGGAUUUGGUGCCCAACCAUACGUCCGAUAAGCACGACUGGUUCGUCAAGAGUUUCAACGGGAUCGGAAAAUACAAGGAUUACUACAUUUGGCGAGGCAACGACUCGUCCAAAUUGCCGAACAAUUGGAUCAGUGUUUUCAGCGGUCCCGCCUGGACCUACAACAAGACUCGCGGCAUGCACUACUUCCAUCAGUUCGAGUACAGGCAGCCCGAUUUGAAUUACGCUAAUCCGGACGUUCGACAAGAAAUGGAGGAAAUCAUCAGAUUUUGGCUGAGCAAGGGAAUCGACGGUUUCCGAGUCGACGCGAUACCGCACGUUUACGAAAACGACGACCUGCUGGACGAGCCAAGAUCGAACGAUCCGAAUGCCGGGCCGAGGGAUUACGGCUAUUUGAAUCACAUCUACACGAAGGACGACCAACGCAGCUACGAUCUCAUUCAGAGCUGGCGGAAAAUCUUGGACGACUGGGCCCACGAGCGCGACGAAGACGAAAAGGUUAUCAUGACCGAAGCCUACACGAGUUUGGUCAACACGACGAAAUUUUACGACUACGGCUCGCACGUGCCGUUCAACUUCAACUUCAUCAUGAGCGUGAACAACAAAUCAACGGCGGCCGAGUUCAAAAGCGUGAUCGACGACUGGAUGAGUCACACGCCGAAGCCUCACGGCGUCGCCAACUGGGUGAUGGGCAAUCACGAUCGCAGCCGCACGGCGACUCGCUAUCCCGGCCGCGCCGACCAGAUGACGAUGCUGGCCAUGAUACUGCCCGGCAUCGCCGUCACUUACAACGGCGAGGAGAUCGCCAUGGAGGACAAGCUGGACAUCAGCUGGGAGGAGACCAUGGACCCGCAGGCCUGCAACACCGAUCCCGAGCACUACAAGUCGCGCACGCGCGAUCCCAACAGGACGCCCUUCCAGUGGGACAAUAGCACCAAUGCAGGCUUCAGCAAAGCCAAUACUACGUGGCUGCCGGUACACGAAAACUAUCCGCAUUUGAACCUCGAUCUGCAAAAGAAAGAUUACGGAUCCCACUACUGGCUCUACAAGAAUUUGACGAGCCUGAGAGCUAGCUCGGACACGCUGAAGCACGGCGAACUGAUGACCGAGGUAUUGAACAACGGCAAAGCGUUGGCCGUCGUCCGUAAAAAUGUCGAGAGCCCGGAAAGGAUCAUACUCGUGAUCAACUUCUUGGACGCGGAGUCGCAAGAAGUCGACGUUUCUAAAUUUACGAACGGAGAGCGAGAAUUCGACGUCAUCCUGUCUAGCCAAGGAUCGGGAGCUACCGGAACCAAAACGCCAACGAACAAGGUGAAACUUCAGGCCAAGGCAUCGGUGAUUCUCAGAGGCAACGACGCGCCCAGCUUCGCAGUGAUUUCCAAUUUACUGAUCAUUUUCGGCAUAUUCGCGAACAAAUUGUACUCGAUGUAAAUUUGCGAGUGGAGUGAUUUGGUCGAAUCAUUUAAAAAAAAAACAUCACUAGAGACAAAGUAUUCCGAGUUUACGUUUAACAUAUAGCGUAUUAGAAAUUUCAUAAUCUAUUCAAAUUAUUCAUUAUUAUAUACUAUUGUAUUAUGAAAGAAAAGUUUUACAACGGUCGACUGUACAUAAAUCCGAAGAGAGCUUUGUGUAAGCGCGAAACUUUAAUGCAAGUUAUAUAAAUUUUUUUUAUGUUUGUAAAACAUCUAAGUAAUAUAAUAAAAACAUCCAUAAAACAAA